CCAGUGAUAAUCCAUUAGUUGAUACCGACCAACAAACAUAUUUUCAUUCAGGAAACUUUUUAGGACAAUAUAUUGCCCAUUCAAUGGACCAAGUAAGACAUGGUUUGGGUCUGAUAGCAAAACAUAUUGAUACGCAAAUCGCGUUAGUAGUAACACCAGAAUUUAAUAAUAAUCUACCACCAUCAUUAGUUGAAGAUCCUAAAAAUGGUAAUCAAACUGGACUCAAAGGGUUACAAAUUUGUGCUAAUUCUAUAAUGCCUAUCUUACUUCAUCAAGGGAAUUAUAUAACACAUUUAUAUCCAACACAUGCCGAACAAUAUAAUCAGAAUAUAAAUAGUCAAAGUUUUGCAUCAGCAAAUCUUACUUGGAAUUCUAUUGAAAUAAUGAAACAUUAUUUGGCAGUUUCUUUAAUAUUUGCAGUUCAAUCAAUUGAAUUAAGAACGUUUGCCGAAUUUCAAAAUUAUAAUACACAAGCUUAUUUAUCACCUAAAUUAAUUCCACUUUAUAAAACUAUAUAUGACAUACUUGGCUGUGAAGUUUCAGAACAAAAACCUUUGAUUCGUUACAUUUAUGAACAACCUUUAGAUUCUUAUAUUCAUAAACUUGUAGAUGAUUUAAAUGAUCCUAACGGAUCUAUCUUAAAAAGUUUAUGGUUUGACAAAGUUUAA